CUGCAGGUGGUACCGUCGAGUUUUCUGUCGGUAAAACAUUAAAGUUGACCCACUUCUUUUGAUGUUUUCGGGGAUCCUAAUGGGCGGAGUUUACAACGCUUCAUUUCCAUGCUAUAACUGUCAAUCAACCGUGUGAAUUGACCAAUCAACAUCAGAUUAGUCGUCGCUAAUUGGUCACAGCAUUUUAUAAGUAUAUAGCAUGUACCGCUACAUUUCAAAACACAGAACGUAAGCAAAUGUGUAGUAAUUUUAACAAAGUGACUGGAAACAAAAUGGAUUAUCACCCUCUUAGAAAUGAUGUGUUGUGCCUCAGUAACAUGUUUAAUAUGGAUCUUAUAAAACAUCUUGACAGUCUUGUGGAAUCGCCCUGUGAUGGUAAUAAAAUGGACGAUGAAGAUGGACCAUUAUCUGUAAACAUAAACUUCAACCAGGAAUCUGACUGUUACUUAGAAACAAUCCGGUCAGAUGCUUUUGAAGAGUUCAGUAAAAAUGGCAUCGAGCAGGACUUAGACGAAGUGGACCUCUUUCAGUCGAAGCUUCGUGAACGUACCACAACGCCUGCGACACGACCGAUCAACCCAGAACCUAGUUACAACCCGGUCGCGGUUGAAUACAUGAACCAGAAACGCAGGAGAUCCAAGAAGAAGGCAAGCAAGACUGUCUGUGUUUUCUGCAAGAACAACAACGAGCAGCCCCAAGUAUACCAGAGUCACGUUUUGAAAGAUGCUGAGGGUCGGACUACUUGCCCGAUUUUACGUAAAUACACGUGCCCCAUUUGUGGUGUAAGGGGCGGGGACGAGGCACAUACAAUAAGAUACUGCCCAAGAAACAUUGGCCGGGAGUUGAACCCAGGACUUGGUCUGCUGAUGAAAUCCCCACGCUUGGCAACAGGGAAGACAAACCCGAGGUGUUCAAACUGACAUUCCAUCAACUAUUGUACAGGGUUCAAACAGUGCUUUAAAUAUUAAAAUGUGCUAUAACUGCAUAAUGAUGAAAAGGUGUUCUUGGAAUUUUUUUUCGCAGUUUUGAAAGUUUAUAUAUGAAAUGUGCUUGAGAAGUUGGAGUAUUGAAGUUAAAAUGUUUAACUGAACUGGAUUUACAAUUUAAAGAAUGAAUAUUGUCUGAUUUUAUAUACAUUAUUCCCUAUUUGCUGAACUGGACAGUGAAAGUGCUUAUUUAAACACCUGAAACAUUGAAUUUCUAUAGUUAAAUAUUGGUGCUUACAGUGUUACUAGUCACACAUUUACUUUAGAAAUAUUUCUGUCAACCAUUUAAAAACAAGCCAUAAUUUUUUUUGUACCCAAUGUGCAUAAAAGUCAUCAUCGAUUUUUAUUUGACAUGUCAAACUGUUAUCCUUUUAAUUUUGUAAAAUUGACUGUGUUAUCUUUUGUUCUUUUCUUUUAUUUUUUAGCUGUUUUUUUCUUAAUCCUUUUUAUUGCACUUGCAUUUACCCCAUUAGCACUUUUUUAUAUCAAAGUCAUUGUGGUCACUGUUAUAGUAACUAAACAAAGUUAUUUUGUAACAAAAAAUAAGUAUUUAUUCAAGGUUAAUCGUCUUUUUGAAGAUCCCAAUCCCCUUUGUUACCCUUGGUGAAUUAACAGUAAUUUGUUUAACAGUAGAGAAUGGAAAAAGUCAUGCUGAUUUGUUAGUUUUACAUGUAUUUAUUAGCACCUGGCAUUUGGACAUGCAAUGUGAAACGAAAUAGUUCAGUGCAAUUAUCAUAAUAUUAAGAUGUAUGUUUAAAUUGACAUUUACAUCAAAUUCUGAAUAUAUAUUCAAAGAAAUAUUGGUAUUGCAUACAUAAUAAUCAUUUUACUCUGGGAAUUAACUUCUUUUUAAUUAAACCUUCAACAAAUAUUUUAUUUAUUGUGCAUAAUAUUAUUUUAUUUAAUUAUAGCUGAUGUAGCUCCACAUUUUGAAAAUUUGAUAUUUUAGUCACAAAUAAUGCCUUGAAAUGCAGUUAAUUUGAAGUAAAACUUUCUAUCAACCCUAAAUUGCAGUGCAUUAAUAAGCAUGUUCAUUUCUUAAAUUUUAUGUUUUAUUCAAUUUAAUGUAAAUGUUUAUUUAACGUUUUUUAAGAAAACUUGUACAAAGUUACAUUUAGACUCUUGGUAAUGAAGAUUUUAUUUUCUGUGUUUUAGAUAUUUUACCAUUUCAAGCCAGGAAGUUAUAAAGUUUUUUUUUAAAUUGAAAUAAAGUCUUGCAUUUUUAGUAACCAUUUACAGAAUGACAUAAGGCAAUAGGAGACAUGUCAUUGAAAAAUUUUAUGUUGUAAUUGAUGAUACUUAAUCUACAUAGUUAAAUGAUACCUAUGUAUGGUUAUAUAUUUCCAUGAUCUAAUGGCCGGCAUCAUGUGAAUUGUUCUAAUGCUGAAUAAACUGAAUUGAAUUGAAAUGUACAAUACUUAUGAACACUAUAUACAAUUUUUGUGUAUGAAAUUAUUUUUUUAUAAAAUGUUGAUGUUUUUAA